UAAUUUUUUAAAUGUACCCACUGAUAACCGUGUGUUACUUAUAUUAAAUUAAUUUAUACUUAAAAAUAGCAUCUUUAUUUUUUAUUAUCAGUGCGUUUUCCACUUUCCUUCACUUUCUCUGCACUGACGUUUUUUACGCGCGAGUGAGGUUAACUUUGCUGUCAGUAUUGUUGUUUUGACAUUUCUUUUCUUUUCUGUUAUCUCACGGUAAUCGUACUGUUUUGAUUUAAUAUCGUAAUUAAUAAUAAAUUCGUAGGCAGCAAAGGAUUAGUGUGUGUAGUGAUUCUGAGCGGCUGUAGAGAUACGAAGAACAAAGUGAUAUUCUUUAUGUGAUCUGGUUUUGGCUACCGUGAUUUUGUUAAAGCCAGUUCGUUAAGACUUUGCAGUGUUUUGUGUUUGUGAUUUUUAAAGGAUUUCUUUUUACUGGGAAUUGAAUAAGUCGACAGUGAAGAUAUAAUUGGGAUGAGCUGCUUUAAUUAUAAGUAGACAUGCUGUUGAGGAAUCGGGGUUGCAUUGUGUAAUGCCGCAGCUCUGAAGAUGUCGUGGGACACGGUGAGCCUGCUGGGGGUGGGGCGGCACUUCGCCGGCGUGGGGCGGCUGCGGCGCGCGCUGCUGCUGCUCGCUGCCGCCGCCUGCACCGCCGCUGCCCUGCUCUAUUGGCGGCAGCAGAGUGACGAGAACACACACAGGCCGCUGCAUGCUUUGUACACAGGCGGUGAACCACAGUGGAGUUGGAUCUGCAGAAACGACCGAUGCGAGCGCAUGCUGGUAUCAGAGACGACUGUCCUACAGUCGCUAGUAACAUGCAACAUGCUCUGCGCGUCGACGCAGCUGUGGCCACAGCCCACCGGGCCCGUCAGUCUGGCGACAGGCGCUGUCCCUGUCCGUGCUGACUCCCUCUCACUUCAUGUAGUCGCAUCCCCAUCGCCUGACGUCACCGAUCAUCUAAACGCCGCGUUCGCGUUAACAAAGGAGGAUAUGAGAAAUCUUGAGCGAAGCGUCAGUAACUCGCGUCGAAACGAUGUAGGUACACCGCGCGCAGUACGCGUAAGGGUCUUCGUCAAUGGCUCUGGCGACCCACGUCUUCGAUUAGACACUGACGAAAGCUACAAGCUCUCUUUAGGCUUUGAUAGGCAAGAGCUUGUAGCAAAUGUCACAGCGCAAUCUUUCUGCGGCGCAAGACAUGGCUUCGAAACGCUUUCGCAACUAAUCUGGGCCGAUCCUUACGCCGGAUCACUACUUAUUUUGACAGCAGCUGUGAUAGAUGACGCACCAAGGUUUAAAUUUAGAGGAUUUUUGUUAGACACUGCCCGAAACUUUUUCCCUGUCAGUGAGUUGCUUCGCACAAUAGAUGCUAUGGGCGCAAAUAAGCUGAACACUUUCCAUUGGCACGCUAGUGAUUCGCAAGCGUUCCCACUCCAACUUGAAAGUGCGCCUCAGCUGGCAGCGCACGGCGCAUAUGGUGCAGGAGCGAUAUAUACCACUGAUCAGAUACGAGCGGUAGUUCGGCGGGCGCGCCUACGCGGUGUAAGAGUUUUAUUAGAAGUAGACACCCCAGCGCAUGUGGGACGGGCCUGGAGUUGGGGUACCAGCGCUGGGCUCGGCCAGCUCGCGUACUGUGUUGAAGCCGAACCGUGGAGCGUUUACUGCGGAGAACCGCCGUGCGGUCAGCUUAACCCUAAAAACCCACACGUUUAUGAUUUACUAGAGAAGAUCUAUGCAGAAAUUAUCUCAUUGACUGGGGUAGACGAUAUCUUCCAUCUUGGCGGAGAUGAGGUAUCAGAACGCUGCUGGUCGCAGCACUUUAACGACUCAGACCCAAUGGAAUUAUGGCUUGAGUUCACCCGACGGGCUUACUUUGCGCUGGAGAAAGCCAAUAAAGGCAAAGCACCAGAAUUGACAUUGCUUUGGUCUUCUCGGUUAACACGCUCGCCUUAUUUAGAGCGGUUAGACUCGAAACAUAUCGGCGUGCAAGUGUGGGGAGCGUCGCGAUGGCCCGAAUCCCGUGCGGUGUUAGAUGCAGGUUUCCGCUCAGUUAUAUCGCACGUGGACGCAUGGUACUUAGACUGCGGGUUCGGAUCUUGGCGAGACAGUUCUGACGGGCACUGCGGGCCGUACCGUUCGUGGCAGCAGGUAUACGAGCACCGGCCGUGGAUGGAGGAGGGCGGAGGAGGAGGGGUGUCUAGUGCCGGCGAGCAGGUGCUACCGUGGCGGAUAGAGGGCGGGGCGGCGUGUCAAUGGACUGAGCAACUGGGACCAGGCGGCUUAGACCCGCGAGUGUGGCCGAGAACGUCAGCGCUCGCUGAACGAUUGUGGUCAGACCGCGGCGCAGGGGCAGAAGCUGAUGUAUACCUACGGUUAGACACGCAGCGCUCGCGCAUGGUGGCUCGGGGGGUGAACGCGGCACCGCUAUGGCCCCGCUGGUGUACCCAGAACCCUCACGCGUGCCUCUAGCUAGUGCCGACGUGCGACUAUUGCGAUAUCUUAGUCAAUGCCUCGACUAUUACGUUGUUAUACGAGUAUCUACCCGACGAUGCCACAAACAGUUUGACUACAAUUUUAACGCCGUUGAUGGCUUAUGAUUCUAAUGAAAUCAUGUAAACUGACUUCUAUAGUCACGAUCAGGCUUAUAUGUUUUGUUUUACUAUACAAGCAAGGUAGGGUUUAGGUUAUGAUGAAAUAUGCAGGUUAGAGUAGUGAUGUGCACUUCCCGGGAAAAUUCCCAUAUGAAGGGAAAGUAAGGGCAUUUUGAAAUGGCGCAUAGAUAUACUAUUUUAUUAUCAGAAAUUCAGGCAACACUUAGCAUCUUAAAUUUUUUUUAAAACAUAAACUGUAUCUCAUCCGCCUACGUAAACAUCGGGGGCUUAAAGUGAUGCCAUAUUUUUUUUAAAUAUCCAAAGUGUCGAAUGUUGUAAGCAAAUCCACUUUCCAAGUUUUUUUUGGGAAGCCACUUUGCAUUUUACGGUUUUUGGCUACUUUAUUUUACUAAACGCAGUUACUUGUCGUUAUAGCUAGCUUUUAUUGAAAUUGUAAUACGCUUAAUCUGUUUCAAUAUUCCCCUGUUUGGGGAAUAUUCCCGGGAACACCGGGAAAUUUCCCAGGAAUUUCACAUAUGGGAAUAUUCCUUGUUCCCGGGAAGUUUGCACGGCACAUCACUAGGUUACAGUUCAGCGAGGCCGCUUUUUGUACAUAAUAACCUUAGGGUAAGUAGAUAACCUUAGCAAUAUAGUUACAUAAUCAAAUAGGUAGGUCAAUAAUCGUUGAAAAUUAGAUCUUUGUAUUGGUGUUAAAUAAAAGUUGAUACGUUAAUGUCGCUUAACAAAUGGUACAUAUUUUAAAUUUAUCUAAGUUUGCCUCUUUUUGCCAGACGCAAACUUAUGUUAAAUAAAUACAUUUAAAUGAAAUACACGAGGGCAAUUUAACGUCUAUGUUGUAUUUGUACCUACGGCUGCGUUAUAUGCCGUAAGCUCUGCUAGCUCCUAUUUUCCAGCAAUGCUAAGUUUGCCUAGUGCCCUAGUAAGUCCCGAACCAACUUGGAAAGAGCCAUGGAUUUUCUUAACCAUCUAGAGGUAGUAAUCGAUAAGUUCCUUGUGUAUCUAACUAAAGCUGAUUCUUUGAAUAUAUUUUGAAUUAUUUAAAUACCUAAAGAUACAGAGUAUAAGUUGGUUGCUUUUAAUAUUGACUAGGCAAACUUAGAGAUUCCGUAGCUUUUGAUUUUGUCUAAAACAUUUGUUCAGUCGGGGAAAUUUCAUCCAUAGGUGAAACAGCGUCUGCCCUAGAUACAAAUGCCCACACUUUUCAGACGUAAUUACACCUUUGGGCGAAAUUGUCCCAGCUGUUAGCUGAAAACGGAUCUUAUUACGCUAUCAAAAAUAAGCUUAUAAGCCAAAAUGUGUAUUCAAAUUGCCAAAACGUACCUACCUACUCAUUAGAUGGUGUAAGAAUGGUUGUCAAUUACGUCACACGGGUGGAUCAGUCGACGUCUAAUGUGUUCACGUUUUUGGACCUUAAGUACUCAUUACUCCUUUGAAAACAUAGUAAAAAGUACGAGUAAAUAUUAUUGUCACAUAAUCAUGAUCCAAAUUGAUACAUUUCUAACAAUAAUAACCGAUUUUUGACGAUUAUUUAAGUUUAGUCGAUGGAGACCUUAUACCUAGCAAGCUGUAGAUAUAGUCGUUAGAUUCGUAGCUGUCCCCGAACGGCAAAUCCUUUUUCUAUUGUUAAGUAGAACGGCGCGUGCUACUACCUGCAUAAGUCACAUCCGGUUAUUGAAUUACAACUCCUAUGAAAAUUGCAAUAAGAUUCAUAAUUAAAUGGAAUAUUAUGGAAAUUAAUAUGCCACUUGUGUGGUCCCUCUACGGUUACUGAGUGCCGUCGAGUCGAGCGCUACAGAACCAGCCUAAAACAAAGGCGCGUUAUCGGAAAGCGCACAUACAUUGUUUUUUUUAUCGUUGGACUAGCCCGCGCUCAGCGCGCUCUGAUGCCAAUUAGAUCUUAUAUGAUCCUUUUUUGCAGAUGGCACGUGCGGUUUUAAUACUUUUAAUUAACAAUAGACAAAGGACUAGCCGUUCGGGGCCAGCUAAAAAUCUAACAACUAUAUAUACUGGGUUCGAAACUACUAAUAGGUAUAAUAAUCAUUAGAGUUUUUGGAUCAUAGUUGAGUGACAGUGGACUGCUGGGGGAUAUGUUGCGGUGACAAGAGAAUAUUAUGCCAAUAUUGCAUAUUUGUGUGUUCUCAUAAUAACAUAAAUUAUCGAUAGGUAAUAAUUUAUACCAUGUACAAAACUAGAGUAGCUAUUUAUAUAAACUGAAGCGUUUAGUGGGUGUUACCUGAAGUAAAUAAUUUUGUUAUUAAUAAUUUAAAACCAUAUUCGAAGCAUAGAAUUUAUUUAUUUUUGGGAUAUUCUGGAAAGUCGAUAUUAUUUAUGAAAUUGAUUAAGUAAAUAAGUUUUUUGAAUGAAAUUUCAUUUAUUAUGGUAAUUUCGUAAAUAUUUUUUUACUUGGCAUAACUGCGGUUAUUGGUGUUUUAAUUCGAUGCUUUACUUUAUGUAGGUCUUAUAUUGGUUUAAGAUCUCGAAUGGAAAUAUUAUAUUUAAUUAUGUAUGAGAUACCUACUUUGUUUAUCGAAAUAUACGCAGACGUGGCAAGACAGAUAGUGGCCAAGUUUUAUUGUUACAGCUUUGCAAAAAAGAGUAGAAAUUAAAAAGUGGCAACAUCGUAGUGUCGUCCCUUUCAAACCAAUUUGUAUAAGAAAACGGGACGACACUACAGUGUUGCCACGUUUUAAUUUCUACUGUUUUUUUGCCAAGUUGUAUGUUGUC